AGUGGCACGAUGUCCAAUAAAAGCAAGGAGUUUUCUUGGGUGGCAAACGGCCCUCCUUUUCAUCACAUGCUUCGAGCGUCUGGCCAAGCUGAGGUCUGGGAUGAUUUUACCGACAAGGCGAAAUUUCGUCAGUACGGUUGGCGAUGUUCAACGAAUGAAGACUCUUAUUCAAAUGCCACCCUCAUUGGGAACUGGUCAGAAGAGAGGUUUGACACUCGCCGUGCUGUGGCGUUACGACGCCCCCUUCCGCAUCAGUUCUCCCACUACUUUGAAACCACGUAUUAUUCCAGCUACAAGAAAGAUGGCAUUCGGCCGGUUUACACAACCCCAAAGAGAGAGUCAAGAAGCUUCCCUGGCCACCAACCAGAGCUGGACCCUCCACAAACUAAGAGUGUGCCAAACUCCUGCUACAGACUGGACUAUAAAGGCCUUCAACGUAGAGAAGAAAUAGUGAGGGAGACUUCAGAGCCUCAGUGCGGGAGUGUAGCAGAGACAAACUGAAGCCUUUGGCAGAGAAAUUUGGCUUCCAAAAUUAUAUUAGCUUUAGUAGCCUCUAACUGACUUCUGUGAGUGAACCAUUGUCAAAUAUUGAUAAAACAAUAUUCUUAUAUUUUGCUCA